AUGGGGGACUUCGUUUUUCUCAAGGUCUCACCAUGGAAGAAAGUAUUGAGGUUUGGACAUAAGGGCAAGUUGAGCCCUAGGUUUAUUGGGCCUUACCGCAUAGUCAAACGUGUGGGACUGAUUGCCUAUCAGUUAGAGUUACUUCCAGAGUUAGACCGGAUUCAUGAUGUGUUCUAUGUCUCCAUGCUGAGGCGCUACAGCUCGGAUCCUACGCAUGUUAGUUUAGUUGAGAAGGUUGAGGUUAGGCCAGAUCUGACUUUUGAAGAAGAGUCGAUUCAGAUAUUAGAUCGUGAUGUAAAGUUCUUAAGGAGGAAGUCUAUCCCACUGGUUAAGGUUCUUUGGCGUAAUCACAGCUCUGACGAGGCCACGUAG